UCCGAGGCGCGUGCAGAGCUGAGGGAGAGCCGCUGAUCAGCUGGGAAUCUGUUACUGUGAGGUUUAAUAGAAGCUGACAAGCUGUGCUUAUUCUCGGAAUUUUCUCAAGAACAUCUGCAAGGAGUUGUGUAAUAGGCUAAACAGAUCACAAUGAUGACCAAACCAUAUGGGAAGCCUGGAGAUGUGACUGAGCUGGUCAGCUCUUUGGGCUGGAUUGAGGAAGACCUGAGCUCUCAAGAUGGGGAGCAGACGCCAGAGAUAGGAGACCACUACAGCCUGAACAGAAGGAAUAGCCGGGUCCCCAUGGAUCUUGGCAGUGAGGACAUGGAGGAGGAAGAGGAAGAGGAGGAGGAAGAGUGUGGACUGGAUGGGGAGAAGGCACCAAAACGCCGGGGACCCAAGAAGAAGAAGAUGACAAAAGCCAGGCUGGAGCGUUUCCGUGCCCGUCGAGUCAAAGCGAAUGCCAGAGAGCGCACACGCAUGCAUGGGCUCAACGACGCCCUGGACAACCUACGGCAAGUCAUGCCAUGCUACUCCAAGACACAGAAACUGUCCAAGAUUGAGACACUGCGACUGGCGCGCAACUAUAUCUGGGCGUUAUCGGAGGUCCUCGAGAGUGGCCAGUCACCAGAGAGUCAUGGUUUUCUGGAGAUGCUCUGCAAAGGGCUCUCACAGCCCACCAGCAACCUGGUGGCCGGCUGCCUCCAGCUGGGCCCUACAGCCAUGCUUCUGAGUAAACUGGACGAGAAGAGUGGACCCUUGGAAGCAGUGAGCGCUCAGCAGGCACACGCUUUGAGUUUCCCAUCACCUGGUCUUCCUAGCCCCCCCUACGGCUCCUUGGAGGCCUCCCACCUUCUUCACCUGAAGGGGUUCAAAGGAGCAACAUAUGAGAAUCACUCACCCAAUGAGUGUAGCAAUGGUACGCCGCCUUACGACGGCCCUCUCACACCACCCCUCAGCAUCAGUGGCAACUUCGCCCUCAAGCAAGAGCCUGACACUGAGAGGAACUACACUCCACAUCCCACACACCCAGCCCACUAUCUGUCUUCUCACCACUACCCAGUAUCCUCUAUGGCUGGACUGCCUCAGGGCCAUGCACUGUUCCCUGGAUCCCGUUAUGAGCUACCUUUAGACAUCACUUUUGAGUCAUUCAGUGCACCACACAUAGUGAGCUCACAGAUGGGCACCAUUUACAACGAAUGAACACCCAUGGCUACCACAGACCUCAGAACAUGUAUCCAGAAUUAACACAAAUGUAAGGAGGCAGGUUGGUAACACACAAGCAACACUGUGAGGGAAACUGUGGCCUGCCUGAUACAGCAGCAUUGCAGACAUAGAUAUUUUGUUAAUUUAUUCUUGCAUUUGUGAUCACUCAUCUGGCUUGUGACUUCUUCUGGAUUUUCUUCUUUCGCAUACUUGUCUGACCUUAACUCCUCUCCCUAGAUGAUCACUGCUAGAGAGGUCCCUUAUGCAUGUGCUGUAAAGGCUGUACACCCCUCUCCUCCAUACACUUAUAUUUUUCUAAACCUUCUACGUUGACUUUCCUUCUGCUCAAGAGCCUAUUUCGAGAAACACCCUCACAAAGCAAUACAUUUUGCCACAAAGACAUACAAAUGCAUUUAUUUAUAGCCGUAUUUAAUAUUUAUUUUGACUGUGUGAUUUUAUAGAAACAGUCCGCACUGGUUUAUCAUGCUUUUACCAUUCCUCAUAAAGUAUUUAAUUUAUUUAUUGGAUUCUUUUUGUUUUGUUUUUUGUAUGUAUUUUUGUGCCAUUUCCACUGUAUUUGUCAUUU